AUGACUGCCACUGAUUGGAACGCAGAGGCGUCGGAGCUGGUGCGCGAGCUGGCGGCGACCCAGAAGGAGGUGGCUGCGAUGCUGACGGGGCAGGCGGAUCAGGAAAAGGAGCUCAGCGGCAUGAAGGAGGCCUGCAGCAGCGAGCUGGCCGAGCUGCAGGAGGAAACGUGGCGGCUGCAGAUGUUUGCGGAGUUGGAGAAGAUGAAGGGCCUCAUCUCGCAGCUGCGCCCCAUCGACGACGACGCCGCGCCGCCUGCAGACGCGGGGGCGCCGCCGCCGGUCCGCGCGGCGGCGGCGGCCCCUGCACUCGCGCAUGCUGCCGCCGCGGGGCAAAAAAGUAAGCACAGCGGCAGGCCUCUUGCCGGGGAGCAGGACGAGGGCAGCUGCGGCGACGGCGAUGAGGCUGAGCAAGGGGCUGGGGAGGCCGCGGCGCUGGCGGCCAUCGACGGCGAGCUGUCGGUGCUGAUGGAGGCGAUACGUGUGGCCAAGGACGAGGUGGGGGGCCUGCUUGAGACCAAGUGCGGCCUGCAGCAGCAGAUCGCCGACAUUUACAGCGCUGAGCUGGACCGGGAGGAGCAGGAUGAGGCGGCGGCCGCGGUGGCUGAUGGGGCCGGCACAGACGCGGCCUAG